AUGGGCGACUAUGCGUCCCAGCAUUCCUUCCGCAUCGCCAUCGUCGGUGGAGGCAUCAGCGGCCUGUACUGCGCCCUCGCUAUCCACCACCAUUGUACGAAAGCAGCAGUCUCGUUCAAAGUCGACGUCUACGAACAAGCCCCCGAAUUCAAGGAGAUCGGAGCAGGGAUUGGCCUUCGACCGGACGCCGCACAACUCAUACACAACGUUGGGCUCGGAGAUGGCCUUACUGCGAUUGCAGGAGGUUCGGGCGAUAUGUUGUACAGAAGAUUUGAUGACGGUGGCGAGAUUGUGACGGUCCCUCUGUCGCGCGAGGGAAGUGUGAAGCUGGCUCCUUGUGCUAGGUCGGAGCUGCUUGAGUUGCUGAAGGGUGGAAUUGAGUCGAGGGGUGCUGCGACGCUGCACACGGGCAAGGCUUGUCAAAGGGUUGAGGGCCUUGGCGACAGCGUCCGAAUCCACUUCACAGACUCCACAACAGCCGACGCAGACCUCCUGAUAGGCAGCGACGGCAUCCACUCCCAAGUCCGCCGCCAAUUCGUCUCCGACAACGCGACAUUCUCCGGCUUCAUCGCCUACCGCGGCGUGGUCCCCAUGAAAUCGCUCCCGCAAUGGCCGCUGCCAAGCUACAGCGUAGCAUGGCUCGCCAAACACCGCCACUUCCUCGUCUUCUCCAUCAGCAGCAACGAAGCUCUCAACAUCGUCGCCUUCGUGACCAAGGAGGAGAGCCAAGUCGUUCACACGAAGGAGAGCUGGACGAGCACCUGUUCGCGCGGUGAGGUCUUCAAGGACUUUGAGGGAUUUCAUCCUAGUGUCCAGGAUGUCAUCAAGUUGAUGCCCGAGGAGGUUUCCCGGUGGCGUAUCAACGAUCACGAACCGUUGGAUCGAUGGCAUUACCUCGACGGGAAGGUCGUGCUUCUGGGCGACGCGGCGCACGCUAUGACUCCUCAUCUUGGAGCGGGCGGCAGCGUGGGGAUUGCUGAUGGCUAG